UUAAGUAGACAGUGAAGCUCAAUUGAGUUAGCUGUCUUUUCGCCUUCUGAGCCAGGUUCUUCACACAUCAUCAAAGACAUUACAUGGUACCAACUCUAGAAAAAGGACAAUGGAUGGCACAAUCUUCUUGGCCAAUUCAAAAAAAAAAAAGAGCCUUGGGAUAUUGGCACUAGUCGUAAUCGGCACAGCUAGGUCUGAAAGGCAACCACCAAUUCUCUCUCUUUAAAAGCCUGAGCUUGGCUCAUAGCUCUAUCUUGUCCAGGGACUCAAUAGGCCAGUAGGCGAUUACAAGGGUGGAAGAAACAUCUAGCCUUAACAUUCCAGGCUACAGCCUAACCCCUCUAAUGGAUAGCAGCAGUGGUAGCCAGGACAAGAAAUUCAGAGACAAUGAUCGCCCUGAAGCAAAAGAAGCUAAUAGCACCGCACAGCAUCUUGUUGACUUCACGGAAGCAGAGGAAGAUCUUGUUUCCAGAAUGCACAGGCUUGUGGGGAACAGGUGGGAGAUUAUAGCAGGAAGAAUCCCAGGAAGGACAGCAGAAGAGGUAGAGAUGUUCUGGUCCAAAAAAUACCAGGAAAGAUGAAACCGAGGCCUUAGAUUUAUAUAGAUGAUAUAUGCAAGCAUGUGCUGAUAAAUAAUGUUAAACUGGGCCUACGAUGUUACCGGUUUUUCAGCCUGUGCACAUCUUGUUAUGACAUGAUGCUAAUUUUGCAAAAGCACAGUAAGAAAAUUUACAGAACGUCAGAAAAUAUCAAUCAUGUUUUAGAAGAUGUGUAACAGUAUAGUAUGCCUUAAGAAAAGAUGAAUUUUGCCUCUUGCAACUUCACUUGUGUACCGGCAGAAAACUUCAGUAACGCAGCUUCUCAUGGAGGA